UUCCUCAUAAGGAAGAAGGAUAGAAAAAUACGCUUAAUCAAUUCAGCUACCCAGAUCAACAGAGUCACACUUCAAAACGCAGCCUUACCUCCAGCAGGAGACAAGUUUUCAGAAGACUUCGCCAUAUACCAGCUUCUCUCUCUGCUUAACUUCUUCUUAAGGUAUAACUAA